AAUAAUACUCCUACUAGCUUUCUUAAGUCCUUUUCUCUUAUCUCUCUCCCUUUAAUUUCCUUUCUCCUUUCUUUAUUUCUUUUCCAGUCACAAGAAAGAUUAAUUUUCAGCUGUUAAUGGAGUCUGAAUAUGUUAAUUGAUUUUCUUCUUUUAGUAUUCUCUUUUCCAACCAAUGCCCUUUAAUUCUACUUAUUCCUAUUCCAAAUACCCUUCUUUGUCUUCUUCGUCCACUACGCCCCAUAACAGAUAAAUCCCACAACUAAUUUUAGGGAAGAAGAAGGAAGAGAGACAAAUACACCAAAAAGAAGAAAUCUUUGUUUUUUCCCCUUCAUUUUAUACAACAAUUUCUCCAUUUUCCUCAUUCAGAAAGUAUAACAAACAUGGAAUUCAAUCCUCAAAGUAUGGAAACUGGGUCUCCUUCAAGUCAGAGGAAAUUGGGAAGAGGAAAGAUCGAAAUCAAACGGAUCGAAAAUACUACAAAUCGUCAAGUUACUUUCUGUAAGAGAAGAAAUGGAUUGCUGAAAAAAGCCUAUGAAUUGUCUGUUUUAUGUGAUGCUGAGGUUGCUCUUAUUGUGUUUUCUAGUCGAGGCCGCCUUUAUGAGUAUGCUAAUCAUAGCCACAGUGUCAAGGGAACUAUUGAAAGGUACAAGAAAGUUUCCUCUGACCAGUCUGGUGCUGGCUCAGUUGCUGAAGCUAAUGCUCAGUAUUAUCAGCAAGAGGCUGCCAAGCUGCGGCACCAAAUCGAAAGUCUAACCAAGAACAACAGGUCUCUUUCCAGGCAUUUGAUGGGUGAAGGCCUGACUGACUUAACUAUGAAGGAUCUCAAAAACCUUGAGAGCAAACUGGAGCGAGCUAUCACUAGAAUUCGAUCUAAAAAGAACGAGCUGCUCUUUGCUGAGAUUGAGUUCAUGCAGAAAAGGGAGAUUGAACUGCAUAACAGUAACCAAUUUCUGCGAGCAAGGAUAUCAGAGAAUGAUAGGGCGCAGCAAAGCAUGAGUUUGAUGCCAGGAACAAGUGAGUAUAAUGAGCUUGUUCAAUCCCAAUCAUAUGAUUCUCGGAACUAUUUUCAAGCCCUCCAACCCAAUACUCACUAUGCACGCCAAGAUCAGACUCCGCUCCAAUUAGUUUAAGUAUAAUUGUGAGGAGCUAAUGUAGGAAUGGAAGGAGCUUAAUGUGAUAUAGUGAAUAAGCUUACCUAUGGUCAAUUCUUCUAUUAUUAAGUUUAUUGUUUUGCUUUUAAGUAAUUAUAAGGAGUAUGUAAUAUGUAUGUGUGGUGUGUAGUGUGGCUUAACUUGGAUUUUAUUUUAUCAUCCUUUGUGGUGGACUCUUUUGUUAUUUUUGCUUUGUUAGAUCUUAAUCUCAAUA